CCCGGGGGUACCCGAGAGGGGCUGCGGAGGCGGGCUGGGUGUCACUGCCCCCGGGUCACGCGUGGGGCGGUACCGGGGGAGCCCCGCCGCCCCUCACUGAGACCCCGGCAGCAGGAGCCGCCCGGCGAGGCAUGGAGCCCCCUCCCGAGCGCCCAUGGGACAGCCCGAGCGUGGCGGACACUGCUGCCGAGUUCCUGAGCCUCAUCGGGCUGAAGGAGCUGGAGGGGUGCCUGUUUGCUGAGAGGCUGGCAGUGGUGGCCGUGGGGGCCUCACCAAGGGACAAGGCACAGGGCCAGUGGUGGAUGGCAGCCCAGUGGGCACCCUACCAGCAGGAAGGUGCACCCAUGCAGAGCUGCAUCCUGGUGCAAACCAGGUUCCGAAGCAAGCACAAUGGUGUGCCUGUCUCCAGCAGCCUCAAAGCCUAUUUGACGUGGCAGCUGGAGACCCUGGAGCAGGAGGAGCAGGAGUGCCUGGAGCUCACACCGCACCCCACCGAGAAGAGGACCCACUUUGUGAGCCACGAGUACGGCAUGACGGUGACCAGGACCCUGCAGGAGGGAGGGGCAGAGCCGCAGUGCCACAGCUUCUCGUACGGCCGGGCCAGCCCUGCCAGGCUGCAGGGACCCACGGUGGGAACGCCAAGGGCUCUGCUUCCCCUCCCAGGCAUCUGGCUCAGCUGA